AUGCCCAAUUCCGACGACAGGCCGCGAAGAUCGACCACGGGCGGACCGUCAACACCCGGGGAUUCACAGGUCGAGAGCCUGCUCCCAGAGACACCGGAACGUCCGCUAACGCCGGAUGCCUACCGCAGGACCCCUGCCCUGGACAGUGCGCAGCUUGUGAUUUGUGAGCAAAAUGCUUCGACUGUUUCGGAUGCACCCCCUGAUGCCGAGUACGUUUGUAUACCGUCUUCCGACGGCGAGUACCGCCUGCAAGAGAUCACCUUGGAGGCUUCGAGUCCGCAACAGGAUGCUGAUGGUGGUUUGGCGGCAGCGCCCGCGGAUACUGCGCUGGAAAGCGGUCCUGCUGACGCCACCGGCGAAGCCACGACGUCGACGGGUCAGCGAGGCAAGCGUCCGAGAGAAGAACGUAAGGGCAAAAAGAAACCAAAGAAGCCGAGGACGGCCCCUGUGCAGGAGCCGUGCGAAACGGAUCUGGACAAAUUUCUGGAAGACACCGCCGAGAAGAACAAUCUCACCGUCACGAAUGUCAAGAACAUCAUACGGAGGGUUGUGUCAAACAGCCGUGUCUUAGCCAUGCUGCAGAACACAAUGAUUUCCCAUGUGGCCGCUGAAGAAAUGGGAACAGACCUCAGCUCAUUGCCUUACGAGCCAAAGUUCACGAGGGCCAAGGCAAGGGAGAUCAUGGAGAAACAGCCUCAUCUCCUGUGGCAAGUCUCACCGAUGAAACUGUCCGCGCCUAGUGGCUCACAGCAGCUGCUUCAGCACGAGUUUCCUGAUGAGAGCAGCUCCGACGAAGAGUACCACCCUGCAUCAGAAGAGAGUGAAGACGACAUCACAGAGCCACCUUCGUCAGUGGCAUCGUCUGUUCCAUUCUCACCGCCUGCUUCAGAUGCAGUGCAGGAGAGUCCAGAAAAGCAGGAUCCCAGUGAUGCGGGAGCUGAGAGCGGUAUCGCCGAGCGUACCCGCUCAAAGCUGCCGCUUCACGACACGCCCCUCGAGUGCAUCGAAGCCCAGUUCAUCGCUCCCGACAUCACCACCGACAUGUACGACACCGAGUGUGAUGAUGAGGAGUGGAAAGAAUUUCUCGUCUCGCUUGUAAAGCCUUUCGAACAAGAAGAUAACCAUGAAGACGACGUGGAGGAUCCUGAAUACACGGUUCAGGAUGAGGAAGAAGAGAACUUCGACUCUUGGGAUGUUCGCAAUGACCAGGCCGUCAGGAUACCUCAGCAAGAAGUGAGUGACUUGAUGACUGAGCUCAUGCAAGCAGCCACGCGGGAGCUCUUAGACAAUGAGGAAGAAGAAGAUGCCCUGUUGGUUGCAGUAAAGCCAUCCCCGGCCAAAUCUGCCACUGCCAGUGCAGCUAGCCUUGUGGAACAGUCAGAAGCUGACAUAUUUCAGGAGGCGACUGAGAGUGUGCAAGACGAGAUUUUCGCCCAACCCACACCUCGGCAGAUACAGCAGUUAGAGGAGCAGAUGAGAAUGCAUGUCCAGCUUUUGGCCCAAAUGUGCUUGCUGUGCAGCAACAAUGAACACCUUUCCAAGAAUUUCGAUAUGGCCAAGACACUUUUGAAAGAGCUGGGAAUCUUUGCUUCACGGCCAUUGCCGCCACCAAAGAAGCAAUCUUUGUUUAACACGUGCAAUCUUCCGCAAGCUAUCCGGAUGUUGGAGAGCUUGCCCCAACGUCCCCCGGUAGCGACACCUGUCAAAGGGACGUCAAACUCAGCUCGUAAAAAAAAAAUGAGAGGACAAGUGCCGAGCCAUGCACGCGACAUACUACUCGACAGCCCCGUGUUCAUCUAUCCAGACUUGCUGCCUACAAGUCGAAUGUACAGUCCACUGCACGACCCUUUCAAGAAGGUCAUCUUCUUCCCAUCAGAGGACCACCUGCUAGCUUUGGGACUGGAGCAGUUUGUGCCUCCUCGCUCUUGCUCCUUUUCCAGCGCCUAUCUGCGUCUCAUUCGAACGUUCCUUCUUCCCGUUAAAACCGAAAUCCAGAUCAAGGUCCAUGUGAAGAACAUCAUUUACAAGAAGAUAGGCGUUGGGAAUCCCAUCAAGUACUGGCACAUACACAAGGUCGCCCCACCAUUAGUGUGGGAGCCACACCCGAUAGAGCUACGAAGCCUUGUGCCCCCAAGCAAGCGACCCCUGGAGAUACUGCCUAUGUGGAUGCAAGUGCAACUGUCUCUGCGUCCUACACGGCGGGUGACGCCUCCGCUUUCGGGAACGCCCACACCACCGCCCCCGAUCCGGCCAGCCAGCAGCACCCCUCCCACUGCAGCCACUGUGGUCUGCCCUUCGAGCGGCCUCCUGGCCAUCGGGAGCACUGUUGUGGUAUCUCCAGCAACUGCCACUGCACCAGCAACACUCACCGUCGUCUCCCCAACGACACCCCGGCACACGGUGGUGUCGCCCCUCAAGCAGAUCUCGCCCAUCCUAAAAAAAUACAGCCAGUAUGGACGAAAAAUCCUCCUAAAGACACCUGUGAAAAAGCGACUGAGCUAUGAAAAAGAGCCCGCACCAUCAGCUUCUACCGCUCCGGUGCAAAACAGCAGUGCCUUGCCUGAAAGGACAUCGUCAGCUGAUGCAGUCUCGCAGCCCGCUGACACAUCGGCGCGAGCUCCACGCAAAGAGACGUUGCCCGCAGCUGCCUCGGAGGAAGCCGAGGACAACGAAGGAGACCUGGCCGCUUUGAUGGCAGCGAGCAGCACGAUCCUCCGCCGCAAGCAGGCCCUGAGUCGCAAGCGUUCGCGGCAGCAGAAGGACGCGGAGGCCACGUUGCCCCUGCUUGUUCCUGGCCUUGUAGACUCUGAUCCCUUGAAGGACGAGCGGGAAAAUCAAUUCACGCAGCAGUACCUGAAUCGAGUGCAAGAGGCUUUGAAAGAUGACGAAGCUCGUCACAAGAAAUUUAUUGACCUGAUGAAGACGGCCCACUGUGACCAGGUCAAUCCUGUUGAGCUGUACAAGAACAUCGAAGAACUUCUCCAUGACCAUCAGGACUUGGUAGACGAUUUUGUGGGAUUUCUACUGCCAGAGCAAGCUUUGCAGUGCGGCAAGCUGUUGCAGUAUCUCAACUUCAGAAAGAUACAACUCUUCCUUCGGAAACUAGAGGUUCACUUGGGUCAGCAACCCCAGCAACUGCAGCGACUGAUGCGCUCCCUGCACCAGCUGCAGCGUCAGUCCGAGUUGACAGCCGAAACCAUCUUUUCUGUACUUCAACCACUACUUCGUGGGCAGAGCCACCUCAUAGACGAGCUGCAGCAGCUACUACCAAGUCAGGGUGUCCCUGACAGCCUGAUGGAGGAUUUUGAGGAAGUGACUUUGCCCGAAGAGGAAGAGGAGGAAGACGAGGAAGAGGGGGCAGCAGGCAGCCCAGGCGGCGCCGGCAGCAGUUGCGAGGAGUUGACACUGUCGCCACCUAGGGACACCCCUGGCACACCACAGUGCCCCUGCACCUGCCACCAGCGCAGCACCGACCCGCGUUUUCUCAGCCGUACACGACACUGCACCCGUUGUGGCAUCAAGUUCCUGGAUGGCCGUGUAUUCCUACAGACCGGAAAAGUUCUCCGACCAGCGCGGGUGACCAUAGGCCGACCCCAGUCUCCCGAAAUGGACAGUAACACUUCAGAGAGCCAGAUGUCGGAGAAGCACGCGGAGGCUUCCAAGUCUGCUCUUGGAAAAGAUGGAGACAAAAUGAACAACAGAGAAGGCCAGAGCAUUACCUGGAAAAGGGAAGAUGACAAGGUUCUGUUGCAAGCGUGUCAACAGUUGGGCACUGAAAAGGGACUGCAGCGAGCAUCGCAAACAUUGGGCCGACCUCCUGAGCAGGUGACCAGCCGCUUCCAAGAAUUGAUCCGCCUGUUUGAAGCAAGCAAGAGCGACGACGAAGCUGAUUCAUGACAGUGCUUGCAAGACAUCUACUUGUACACAUAAUUCCAUUGUCAUAUUUUCACCGUUGCCAUCUCAAGCAUCACUGAAGAGCCUCCACAUUGCAAGCAGGGAUCAAUACUCAUGAUGGUUUCUCAAUGUACAGUCUACUUGUAUAGUGUUCCAAACUUCUCUAGUCAUUGUUUUUGUUGAUCUGAAAACAGCCCUAUCUUCGACUGCUAAAGGUUAUUGUAGAACAUUAAAAUGCGAUACUUUAUCCCAAUUCUAAUGUGCCUCAUGUUUUCUGGUGACCGGUCCUAACAAUUUAUAGAAUGCACUGUGUACUUUUAAAGAGCUCUUGGCGAUUGUAGUAAAUGUACUAUGCCUUAUACUGUGUUUUUUUUUUAUUUAUUCACAUCUUACUUUUAAAGGCACUGUGUAUUAUACAAAUGAAUUUCUGUCUCACAGCAACAAGAGCAAUGCAUUUAUGCAACUUGUUUCAUGCCAUCUAGCCAAUAUCAUCACAGUACUGUGUGUGCCACCUUUGUUCCUUUACUGAAUGAUCUGGCAAGAUAGCAUUAUCUGCUGAUAAAAUCAUUCUAAAUUUUUGUAGUGAAAGGCUUGGUCUUCUACAUAAUGUUCCUUUAGUGCUGUAUAAAUUAUAUAAUUUCCUUAUCCUUACGAUUAGAUUUAAAAGCCAAUGAUGAAGAUGUAUCGUAUCUUAAAAUACCUACAUUUCACUUUUUAAAAAUUACUUAUUAAAACUUUUGUGCUUACCCCUA